GCGGGUUUAGAGAGGAGCGCACUUCCGGUGCCCUUUCUCCCGGGAGCAGCACGGCCUCGAACCCUCGUGUGUGGGUGUGAUCUCUGAACGAGUGGGGUCGAGGCGGGCCGCCGCCCCAGCUCUGACCUCCGGUGCCGCCGGCCUCCGGACCAGACAUGGCCCAAAACUUGAAGGACUUAGCAGGACGGCUGCCCGCCGGGCCUCGGGGCAUGGGCACGGCGCUGAAACUGCUGCUGGGGGCCGGCGCCGUGGCCUACGGCGUCCGCGAGUCGGUGUUCACCGUGGAAGGCGGGCACAGGGCCAUCUUCUUUAACCGGAUCGGGGGCGUGCAGCAGGACACCAUCCUGGCCGAGGGCCUGCACUUCAGGAUCCCCUGGUUUCAGUACCCCAUUAUCUAUGACAUUCGGGCCAGGCCUCGGAAAAUCUCCUCCCCCACAGGCUCCAAAGACCUGCAGAUGGUGAACAUCUCCCUGCGAGUGCUGUCUCGACCCAAUGCCCAGGAGCUGCCCAGCAUGUACCAGCGCCUCGGGCUGGACUACGAGGAGCGAGUGUUGCCGUCCAUCGUCAACGAGGUGCUCAAGAGCGUGGUGGCCAAAUUCAAUGCCUCGCAGCUGAUCACGCAGCGAGCCCAGGUGUCCCUGUUGAUCCGGCGGGAGCUGACGGAGCGGGCCAAGGACUUCAGCCUCAUCCUGGAUGAUGUGGCCAUCACGGAGCUGAGCUUCAGCCGAGAGUACACAGCUGCCGUGGAAGCCAAGCAAGUGGCCCAGCAAGAGGCCCAGCGGGCCCAGUUCUUGGUGGAAAAAGCAAAACAGGAACAGCGCCAGAAGAUUGUGCAGGCCGAGGGCGAGGCUGAGGCCGCCAAGAUGCUUGGAGAGGCACUGAGCAAGAAUCCUGGCUACAUCAAACUUCGCAAGAUCCGGGCCGCUCAGAACAUCUCCAAGACGAUCGCCACGUCACAGAACCGCAUCUAUCUCACUGCGGACAACCUCGUGCUGAACCUACAGGAUGAGAGCUUCACCCGGUGAGAAACGCCACCGCAUGGGGAAUCCCAUCCCCUGGCCUCUGGCCUGGACACUGCUUCUCUGAACCCGAGUCAGAAAGGGAGACGCUGACUGUUCCUAUUACCUUGCAUCCCAUAGGAUUGAUUUUAAAGAUCAUAUAGAAUUACAUAGAAAGCAGUUUACUGUAAGGGUUUUUUUUUUGGGGGGGGCUGGGGGGGUGUUAUGGUAGAAGAUAUUUGGUUCUCCAGAACUGCUGCCCUGGGGCAUGGCAGGAUGUGAGGAGCACAGAGGUGAGAAUUAGCAGUGGCCAAGAGUCCGUCAUGAGCCAGAGAUUUCUGCCUUCUGGCCCCUGCUUGUUUUUUUCGUUUGGGAGCAAAGGAGGGUUUGGAGCUGGGUGGGGCCUGAAGUUGUCAAUCACACCUGCCUUUCUCUCUUCCUGCUUCCUGCUCCUUUGGCUGGUGAUCUGGUAUUCGCAGGGGAAGGUAAGUUGUGGUUGCACCCUUGUUUCUUCAGGGUCGUGCAGGCCACCUUUUCCGGGUACCUGCCUCUCCCAACCUCCCCACAGACAAACGCUCAAAUCAGGGGAGGAGGGUAGCUGAAGGGGGAGUGGUCUGUGGUGCUGUACAUCAUUCAUGUUCCCUGAUGAUGUCAUCCAUCUUGUUUCCCACAGCGACAGCCUCAUCAAGGGUAAGAAGUGAGCCCGGUAACCGAGAACUGCCCCCGGAGAGGAAGUGGAUCUGUCAUCCCUGCAGGGUCCCCGCACAGCCCACGACUGCCCCCCAUAUCAUGUGAUGACCCCUCUGCACCCGUCCCCCCAACGCUGUCUUGGAUUAAGGAAGCCUGAAGACUGACCCUUGGGGAAAAUGACUCUUCCUCCCUGUGUUGGCCAGGGAUAUUGGGACAGUGUGAUUUCUCAGUGAUUUCCUACAGUGGUGUUCUCUCUCUCAAGACUAGGAGGAAAUAACCACCAUCCCAGGAAUUCUCAAUAAAUUUUUAUUACUUAAGCUAA